CUCUCCCAGGCGGAAGUGCCUGUGUAGACUGCUUGUAGGUUCCGCCGCUCUAUGGUGAGCUGAUGGUCAGAAGGACGUGAUGGCUGCGGUUAAUGGCUGCCACUGAUAGCGGCGCUGUUACGGUUGGAAGAUCGUAGAAGGGCGAUCUUCAUAGAAGCUACUAAAGACUACACAGAGUUAUUUUAGGAAAAAUAAGUGGAGUAAAUUGUUUUGAGCAAGGAAAAUGGAUCCUUGCUCAGUUGGGAUUCAGCUUCAAGCUACCAAUGAGUGUCAUAAAACCUACUAUACGCGUCACAGUGGUUUGAAGACUAAGCAAGAUAUAUCUUCAUCUGACCUACUGUUACUUCAGCUUAGGACUGGAAUGACCCUUUCAGAGAACAAUACAAUUUGCUUCCAUCAUGCAAAAAUAUACAUUGAAAGAUUUGAAGACUUGCAAAAAUCGUGCUGUGAUCCCUUUAAUAUACACAGAAAACUAUCAAAAAAAAACUUACGUGCAAUUGAUUUAGAUGAUGCAACUUUUCUAAGUGCCAAGUUUGGAAGGCAGUUUGUACCUGGCUGGAAGCUUUGUCCCAAGUGUAUGCAGAUAAUAAAUGGAAGCGUGGAUGUUGAAUCUGAAGAUCGCCAAAGAAGAAAACUGGAUUCAGAUGGGCGUACAGCUAAAGCUUUGAAGUCUCUGCAGUUUGCUAAUCCGGGACGACAGACAGAGUUCACUCCAGAGACCAGUAAAAGGGAAAAAAGAAGGCUGCAGACAAAAAACACUUUGUUUAAUUCAGACAGGCAAGUUAUACCAGCUAAGAGUAAAGUCUACGAUAGCCAGGGACUUCUCCUGUACAGUGGAAUGGACCUCUGUGAUUGCCUUGAUGAAGAUUGUCUGGGAUGUUUCUAUGCUUGCCCCAAGUGUGGCUCCAACAAGUGCGGAGCUGAAUGUCGUUGUGAUCGCAAGUGGCUCUAUGAGCAAAUUGAGAUAGAAGGAGGAGAAAUCAUUCGCAAUAAGCAUGUGGGUUAGUGUAUAUAUGAAUUACUUGGUUCAUAUACUCCAUACAUUGAUUAAAUAUAGUGCAUUCCUCACUUAGAGCUUAAAGUCAUUGGAAUUUAUCAUGAUCCGCAUGAUCAAUGCCCUUGUUUUGAUAUUUUCAACAUGAUUAUGGUUAUGUUAUCAUACUGAUAUGUUGUCAUCCCUCAUUCUACCUUGUAGUCAGUCUUGUUUAGUCUUAUGAGAAAGUCGUCAUUGAACAGUUCUGCAUUAUGAAAUAGAAGAUGCUAAAUUCUUAUGUGACCUUCUUGGCCACUAACUCCAUUCAAUACACUUCUGUGGAGUGUACUAUCUCUAUGCAUCCCUCAUUUAUCCUUCUCUAUUUCAGAAUCUCAUGAUUUUGAUUGCUUCAUUUGUGAAAUACACUUCUCUGUUGUAAAUUUUUGGUAAAAUUACAUACAGUAUUAAUAAAGUUUUCCCCGGUAUUAAUAGUGAAUGCUGUAUCUUCUAUAGAUUAUGGCAGCUAUAUAUGAUAAAUGUAAUAUAUAUUACUAACUGGAUUCAGAGAUAUUUAGUUCACAUGUCCAAGUUAUUGAGAUUUAGGAUCAAGCUACUAAAGGAAUUCAAGCCUCACUGUAACACUUGUUAGUGAAUUGUCAAAACAUUGAAAAAUAUUUAAGCAUGUCAUUAUUGUACUAUGUUUAGCUGGAUUCUGCAUAAUACAAAAUAGUUUAUCUGUAACUGGUAAUUGGACUGGAAUGUCACCAUUUCUGUCCUCUUUC